GCGAAGUGGAGCGAAAGAUGGCGCAGUGUGAAAUGUUUCCAGAGUAAAGGGCGCGUUCACAGCUUUCGUUUUCAUCUGAGGGUCUUUCAGUGCGUGUUGGGUUUAUUAUUAGGCGCAUUGGCUCUUCAUUCACUUUCUAGAUCAGCUCAGACACGGCGCAGCCACAAUGCUGCACAACACAGGGAAGCUGGCGGGAUAUACCGUCUUCGUUACCGGAGCGAGUCGAGGUAUCGGGAAGGCCAUCGCUCUCAAAGCCGCUCGGGACGGAGCCAAUGUGGUCAUCGCUGCCAAAACCGCUGAUCCUCACCCCAAACUCCCGGGAACCAUCUACACCGCUGCUGCAGAGAUUGAGGCUGUUGGAGGGAAAGCCCUGCCGUGUAUCGUAGACGUCCGUGACGAGAAGCAGAUCAAUGACGCCGUGGAACAAGCUGUGAAGAAAUUUGGAGGGAUCGACAUAUUGGUCAACAAUGCCGGUGCCAUCAGUUUAACGGGAAUUCUGGAAACUCCAAUGAAGAAGGUCGACCUCAUGCUGGGCAUCAAUCUGAGAGGACCGUACCUGACGUCUAAACUGUGCAUUCCACAUCUUCUGAAGAGCAAGAACCCUCACAUACUUAACCUCAGCCCACCUCUAAACCUCAAUCCCAUCUGGUUCAAAAACAACACGGCGUACACCAUGGCGAAGUAUGGCAUGUCCAUGUGUGUUCUUGGAAUGGCCGAAGAGUUCAGGGGAGCUAUCGCCGUUAAUGCCUUAUGGCCCAAGACAGCCAUCCAGACGAUAUUAAUGGACGUGAUGGGUGGUUCUGGGAUUGAUAAACAGUGCAGGAAGGUGGAGAUCGUGGCUGAUGCAGCCUACGCCAUCUUUAAACAACCCAUCAGCUUCACGGGACAGUUCGUCAUCGAUGAGGACAUUCUCAGGAAGGAGGGCAUUGAGGACUUUAAUGUAUAUGCUGUUGAGCCAGAUCAUCCACUGCUUCCUGACUUUUUCUUGGAUCUAAAGCCAGAGGAUCUAGUCAGGCAGAUGGAGGAGCACGGUGCCAGUCCAGCUUUCAAAGUUGGAAAAGCCAAUGCAGAUUCUUCCGCCGCGGGACCUAUUUCUGACUUGUUCAACAAAAUCAGAGGAAUUCUCAGUCCAGAUGUAGUGAAAACCACACAAGCAGUGUACAGAUUCGAUUUAACAGGUGAGCACGCCGGAGUCUGGUACAUCGAUCUGAAGAAUGAUGCAGGAAGUGCUGGCAGCGGAGAACCACCCGUCAACGCUGACGUCGUCAUGACGCUGGACAGUUCAGAUUUCAUCAAGAUGUUCGGAGGGACGUUGAAGCCCACUAUGGCCUUCAUGUCUGGAAAGCUGAAGAUUAAGGGAGACAUGGGGCUUGCCAUCAAACUGGAGAAGAUGAUGGUCAUGAUGAAGUCUAAGCUGUGAUAUGAUCACUCACUCUACCGUCUCCUGCCUUACUUGUACAUGAUCUCUUUUCUGAAUCUCUGCAUUAAGCCAUUUUUCUGAUGCAAAUUUUAAUAGAGGAAUUUCUGUUACAUUUUCUUCACUGCAUGUUAUUUAUUAGUAUACUUUAGGUUACACUUAUUGCAACUGCCGCUGGUUCAAAAAGCAUCUCCACAGUAAUUAAGAACUUAUUCAUUAACUUUAUUGGCUUUGAUUUUCUGCUGUGUCAGAACAAGCAUUUAAUGCUUACAUUUUAAGAGCUAUAUAGUAAAAUGUAUUUUGCUUAACUUUGCUAAUAAAUACUGUUUAAAAUGAUACACUGUAUACUUCACUUUUUUUUCCUUAAACAUUUGUGAAUAAUGCAAAGAACAAAAAAAGUGUUUCAUUGCUUUAAACGUGUUACAAUUAUUCUGUAGUCUUUAAACACGUUUUUGUUGUUCAGACGUCAGGUUAACCUUCCAAUUUAAAGUCUUCUUUUGCCAAGAGUGCAGCUAUUUAUUGUAAAUGACGUAAAUAUCAAAUGCUGUCAUGUGUGGUUGUGUAAUAAAUUAAAUAUAAAUUCAGUACAUGCA